AAAAAAGUUAGCGGCAAAAUUAGGGCAUACCGAAAUCACAGUAAAGAAGAAGAAACGUUCACUGAUCCAUUAAAGAUGAAGGGAAUUUCUCUCCGAAAUGGCAAUGGUAUUCCUUUCAUCUCUUUAUUUCCUACUUCAGAUUCUUGUUUUUCCCCAAUUAUAGUCAGAGUUUAUAGUAAUAAAUCCAUUUCGGUACUGAGUAAAUUUAGGGCAAAUAGCAAUUUUGAGUGUUUAGAUGAUGCUUUGAUUCUCUUUAAGCAAAUGGUUACAAUGAAGCCACUUCCUUCUCUUGUCGAUUUUUCUAAAUUAUUUAAGACUAUGAUAAUUAUGAAGCUUUCUCUUUUUCGAGAAAUGCAGAAAUUGGGUAUCCCAAUUAAUGGAGUCAUCUUGAAUAGUGUGAUUAACAGUUAUUCGCUGAUGCAUCGUGCUGAUUGUGGGUUUUCGGUGUUACCCAUUUACUUGAAGAAUGGUAUUUCAUUUGAUGUUGUCACCUUUACUGCCUUAAUUAGGGGAUUUUUCGCUGAAAAUAAGGUCGAAGAUGCCGUUGAAUUGUUCAAAAAAAUGGUGCGAGAAAAUAUUUGUGAACCUGAUGAAGUCAUGUAUGCAACCGUCAUGAAUGGGCUUAGUAAAAGGGGUCAUACGGAGAAGACUUUAAGUUUGCUCCGGUUAAUGGAACAAGGGAACACUAAGCCUGACAUAUUCAUCUACACCAUUGUUGUUGAUGCGCUUUGCAAAGAUAGAAACUUAGAUGGUGCUAUAAAUCUUCUGAAUGAAAUAAAGCAGAAAGGCAUUCCUCCAGACAUAGUCACGUAUAGUUCAUUGAUUGAUGGUUUGUGUAAGCUUGGUCAAUGGGAAAAGGUUAGGAUUUUGUUCUCUGAGAUGGUGAACCUNUUGCAAAGAUAG